UGGCACCCUACUGAACGAAAUUAACCUGAGAGAGCGUGCACAGACACCAGAAUGAACGAGUUGACAGUAACGUUCAUCAGGCAUUAAUACAGCACGUUCAGUUCACGUUCGCCCAAAAUAUGAACGAGUUCAUGAACUAUCCUUCAAUGAACGCGUUCAGGCACAACACCGCGAGUAGACGCGCAAUGAACUUGAAGCGCGCCUAGCGUGACCGCGCUACUCUAAACGCAGAUGGCGUGACCGCGCUACUCUAACGCAGAUGGCGUGACUGCAGCGGGCGUUGACAUAUUUUGAUGUUUAUUUGAUGGUUUAGGCCAAACUUCUCUUUCUCGGUUUAAAGAGCUUUUAAUAACUCUUAAAAUAAAGCAUAGACGUUACGUUUAGACUGUAAAGCAGGGGCGAAACCGUGAAGGAAAGCAACAGCGUGUCACAUUUUCACGUUGGUGGGAAUCGAAACCGAAACUAGAAUCUGACUCGUCACACAGCUCCUCUGUGAAUUUGAGUUCAUUUGCCCUCGAGCUCUACAGGAGAACAGGACAAGUCUUGCGGCGUUUUUCUUUCGAUUAAGAUUUAAAGGGGAUAUUGUUAAAAUGGCGACAGAAGCAGGUAGAUGUAGUCCAUUAUUUGAUCGUCCUGACAUGAGUGAUCUGAGGAUUGUGCUGAUAGGAAAGAAUGGAUCAGAAAACAGACGAGUGGCAAACACUAUACUGGGAAGAGCAGUGUUUGACAGUGAAGCUACAUAUUAUUUACAGCAAUCCAGUGACAGAAUCAGUGGAGAGGUGGAGGAGAGAAAGAUCACAGUCUUCAAUCCUCACCUGCUCCAGCCAAAUUUCCCACAGGGAGAGAUAAUAGAUGGAGUGAGAGAGUGUGUAUCUCUGUCUGCUCCAGGACCUCAUGUGUUUGUACUCGUACUGAAGUAUAACAACUUCAGAGAGAAUGACAGACAGAGAGUGAAAUAUGUGCUGAACCUCUUCAGCUACCAGGCCAUGAAACACACUAUAGUGCUGACUACUGAAGAUGUGCAACACAGAUCACAAUUCACUUCGAGGAAUAACUCUGUUCAUGAUAUAAUAAAGGAGUGUGGAGGAGGACAUCUGAAGUUUUCUACAGUAAGCACAGGAUGGCGCUAUGAGAUGUUCAGAAGGACAGAAGAGAUAAUCAAGAAAGAAAGUAUAGAAUUUCUCAUCUGUGAGAAUAGGCCUAUUUCACAAGAUGACGAGCGAGACAGGAAGUAGGGUAGUGGUACUUCCGCUCGUGCCAGUGCUACGAUCACAAUCAUGGAUUGCGAACAGCUUGUUUUCUCCUAAUCAUUAAGUUAUCUGCCAAAACUCAGAAUUGCAUAUGCUGUUCGUUUUUUUGAUGAUUUUCAGGGAGAUGUGAAGAGAUCCAAAUUGGACAAAGGCUACAAAUAAUUUUUGGAACAAUGUACAUUUGAUUAUCAAGGUAACGUUAUGUAUAAUGAGCCAGUUUCCAUGAUACUGAUUUUUGAAUUCAGUUUCUUUUAUUGAUUAUUUUGAAAGUGGUUUAAUAAAAUCUAGCUUGUUAA